AUGGGAGUUGAAAAAAGUAUGUGCUUCCUUCAGGCAUUCAUCGACGCAUUUGACGCUGAACCGGAAGCAGAAGAUGAAGAAAUCGUGGAAGACAAAUCAACCGAUGAGGCGAAGACGGCAGAUGAGGAGAAAAGUGGAGUAGACUGCGUAGGUGAUGCAGAUGUCGGCGAAUUAAACCUUAUGCCCAACUCUGAGGACGAAGCAGAGGCGGCGGCGGCAGAGGAGAAAGCUGCGACACUUUCAAAGGGUCUGUCGGCGGCUCGCAGGCGUCAAUUGGAGCGUGCGUUGCGCAGGAAGGCCGGUCGUGCCGGUCGCCACUUCUACGAAGAGGUGAAUACGAAGAAUAGGAAACGUCGACGUGGUGGUGCCGAAAGUAGACUUUCUGACCGCUUGUCAACUAUGUAA